ACAAUCGUCAAUAUGGUCGUCAGUGAAGAACCAGCAAACAAUAACACCGAGCCACCGUUCAGAGUCGAAAACAAAGUAAUGAAGGGAAAAGUGAUAUCGCUCGAUAGUCAAUAUACCAGUGUUGGCGAAUUGUUGUUUGACAGUUUGAAGAAUAAUCCGGAUAUUAUUGGUCAGGUAGACGCGAUGUCAGGAGUCGAAGAUACUUUUGGGGAUAUCGCGGAUCGUACGAUAAAAUGUGCACUGUGGCUGCAAAGGCACGGGGUGGGAAAAGGUGACAUCGUCGCAAUUUCUUCGCAUAAUCAUCUGGAUUCCAUAGUUCCUUACGUUGCUGCGCUCUAUCUCGGUGCUAUUGUCAAUGCAUGGGACUACGCGAUGAACAUUCAACUUGCACGUUACUUUCUCGCAUUAUCGCAACCGAAAGUGAUCUUCGCGAAUGAGAAAUCGGUGGCGGUCAUAUCGGAGGCUGCGAAGAUCGAGCUGUAUCAUCUGAAAAUGGUCUGUUUCGGCUACUAUCCUGGUACGACGCUGUUUUCCGAAACGCUGAAAGGGCAUACCGAGUCGGCAGUGAAGAAUUUUCGAUGCAGAGAGAUCAACGAUCCCAGUUACACGGGUUUGAUUCUUUUCUCGUCUGGAACAACGGGUAUGCCGAAGGGCGUGCAGAUUUCGCACAAGGCACUUCUAAAUGCAUUGGACACGAAGACAGGUUUCUCGCUCAAUGCACACGUCACAAUGUGGUUCAGUUCUUUGUACUGGAUCAGUGGAUCGGUACUUAGUCUUAAAAGCAUCGUUUCUAGCACCAAGAAGAUCAUCGGGCCGGAGUUCGACGGGAAAGCUACCUGCGAAAUUAUCGAAAAGUUUAAGGUCACGUGGUUAAUGCUGAGCACCAGUAUGGCAAAUCGGUUAGCCCGAUACACUCAUCUGCACGAUUAUGAUCUCAGUAGUUUGAAAGUCCUUUUCACCGGUGGUGCUACGAUGAAACAAGAAUCUCAAGAUUUAUUACAGAAUCACUUCCCGAAUACGUUCGUUAUGCAGGCGUAUGGUAUGACAGAGCUUGGAGGCCUGUGUGCAGCACAAUUACCGGGUACCACAAGCGGAUCUUGUGGCGUGGUAAGUUCAAAUUGCGAGGUGAAAGUCAUAGAUAUUGCAACAGGAGAGGCACUUGGUCCAAAUGAGCAUGGCGAACUCUGCGCGAAAACGGCAUCGAUCAUGACAGGAUAUUUAAAAAAUCCCGAAGCUACCAAAAAUACCAUCGACAAGGAUGGAUGGGUACACACGGGUGAUUUAGCAUAUUAUAACGAGAAGGGAGAAGUUUUCAUCAUGGACAGAUUGAAGGAAGUUAUGAAAUACAGGGGACACCAAAUAACGCCGACCGAAAUCGAAAAUGUUUUGCAAUCUCAUCCUGCAGUUUUAGAAGUGGCAGUGGUUGGUAUACCUCAUCCUACAGACGACGAACAUCCUAUUGCUUUCGUCAGCAAAAUACCCAAUAAGGAGGUUUCUGCGGAAGAAUUGAUAAAGAUGGUAGCUAGUAACCUGAUGGAUAAUUGUAAACUGCGUGGUGGCGUACGAUUUCUACCAAGUCUUCCACAUACACACUCAGGAAAGAUCUCGAAGAAAGAAUUGAAAGCUAUAGCAAGAACAAUUGUAAUUCAUUAAAUUACCGCUAGACGACGGAUUGCGUAGACAACGGUUAGCGUGUAUUCGCAAAUUUCCUAAAACGAUUAUGACGAUUAUAACGAAAUGAUAUGACGAAGAUGAACUUAAAACAGUACAAAUAGAAUAUCUUUUACUUGAACAAUGUAAGAUAUAUAGCAGUUAAUAUGUUUUCUUGAUGAUUAACGACGGAAGAAUAAAAUAAUUCCAAAAA